AUGGGAGGUGUUUGCUCUUCUUGCUGCGGAGGUAAAUCCCGAGAUGGCUUAUAUGAGCCAGUGCUAGCAGAAAGCGAAAGAGAAGCGGUGGCAGACCUUUUACAAUACCUAGAGAAUCGCGGCGAGACCGACUUUUUCUCCGGGGAACCUCUACGAGCUUUGAGUACAUUGGUAUUUUCUGAUAAUGUCGACCUUCAGCGAAGUGCUAGUUUGACAUUUGCUGAGAUAACGGAACGAGAUGUUCGUGAAGUAGAUAGAGACACCCUCGAGCCGAUACUCUUCCUUUUGCAAAGUCCCGAUAUCGAGGUACAACGAGCGGCUAGCGCAGCUCUUGGAAAUUUGGCAGUUAACACGGAAAACAAAGUAGCAAUCGUACUUCUUGGGGGGCUUACGCCUCUCAUCAGACAGAUGAUGUCCCCAAAUGUCGAGGUGCAAUGUAACGCGGUCGGUUGUAUCACCAAUUUGGCGACACACGAGGAUAACAAGGCCAAGAUCGCACGAUCAGGGGCAUUGGGACCUCUUACUCGUCUAGCUAAAUCUAAAGAUAUGCGUGUGCAGAGAAAUGCUACUGGCGCUUUAUUGAACAUGACACAUUCUGAUGAGAACCGACAGCAGCUGGUUAAUGCUGGUGCCAUACCCGUCCUCGUACAACUCCUCUCGUCUUCUGAUGUAGAUGUACAAUACUACUGUACAACAGCUUUGAGUAAUAUCGCUGUUGAUGCUAAUAACCGCAAGAAGCUCGCCUUGAACGAGAACAGACUCAUACAAUCCCUUGUGAACCUGAUGGAUUCCUCCUCGCCUAAAGUCCAGUGCCAAGCAGCUUUGGCCUUGCGAAAUCUUGCUUCUGAUGAGAAGUAUCAAUUAGAAAUUGUGCGCGCUCGCGGUUUAGCUCCAUUAUUACGACUUUUACAAUCCUCCUAUCUACCAUUAAUACUUUCUGCUGUCGCUUGCAUACGCAACAUAUCGAUACAUCCAUUAAACGAAUCUCCAAUUAUUGAUGCCGGCUUUCUAAAACCAUUAGUAGAUCUACUGGGUUCCACCGAUAAUGAAGAAAUUCAAUGCCACGCCAUAUCGACACUUCGCAACCUUGCUGCUAGUUCUGAUCGAAACAAGGAGCUUGUUCUACAAGCUGGAGCUGUGCAAAAAUGCAAACAACUUGUUCUGGAGGUCGCCCUUAGUGUUCAAUCGGAAAUGACUGCUGCAAUCGCUGUAUUGGCCUUAAGUGACGAUCUUAAGACUCAACUUCUCAACCUAGGUGUAUUCGAUGUCCUUAUUCCAUUGACAGACUCCCCGAGUAUCGAAGUCCAAGGCAACAGUGCUGCAGCUCUUGGUAACUUGUCGUCCAAGGUCGGUGACUACUCUAUCUUCAUUCAAGCCUGGACAGAACCAUUCGGAGGUAUUCACGGUUAUCUAAAACGUUUCCUCGCUAGCGGAGAUCCGACUUUCCAACACAUCGCAAUCUGGACAUUGUUACAACUAUUGGAAUCCGAGGAUAAAAAAUUAAUAAGCUUGAUUGGAAAAUCAGAAGAGAUUGUACAAAUGAUUAAGACUAUUUCCGACAAGCAAAUUGAAUCCGACGACGAAGGCGAAGAAGAUGGGGAAGGAGAAGUUAUUCAACUUGCUCAAAGAUCAUUACAACUACUCGGACAAGGUGGGAAGUCUUCCCAUAUCGAAGGUUGA